GAUCCGAGCUGGGAGUAUGCCAACGGCACCGUCUCGUGGACUCAAGACAGCCUCACAACUGAUCAAGUGUCGCAUUACAAGGUGUUCUUGGCCGAGGAUGCUACCGGCACUAGCCAGCUGCUGGUCAACACCGUCUCUCGCGACAGUACCACUGCUGCGGUGGCCAGCACGAUGAUAGGAUAUCGCAACUUUGUGUUGGUGUACUCCUCGAACAACUACGGGGAUGCACCAACUCCAGUAUCUGCGGAGUACCAGGGCAAGAGCCCCCUCACCACUAUCACGCAAACUUCAACAUCCACUUUCACUGGCACGACGUCCUCCACAACGACGUCGCAGACUGCAACCUCAACCGAUACCACGACAUCAGAGUUCACGGUGGGGGUCACCAACGUUCAGUUCUUCGAUACGAGCGAAAACUACUUCAGCAUCGGUGGAACUGUGAGUUGGGACGAGCCAGCGAACACAGCCGGCAUUGUGGAGUACCGUGCCUUGGUGGUGAGAUGCAGUUCAAAGCAGUCUGAGUCUGGUGGUUGA